AUGGCGUCGAGUACUACAGUGAGAUCGUCACAGAGGACUGACAGACACCACAUGAUUCCGCCUCAUUCUACUUCUACUUCGAGAAGUACAAUUUGUAGCGGUGGCGGUGGCGGUGGACAACAACACUCUAAUUCCUCCGUUCGCUCCAAGGUUCCUGUUUCCAGACGCUCUGUAACUCCCAAUUCUCGGGCUCAUACUCUUGACGACCAUGACCCCGAACCGGGAAGAGUCAGAGUUGCUGUUAGACUUCGACCAAGAAAUGCUGAGGAUCUUCUUUCAGAUGCUGAUUUUGCUGAUUGUGUUGAACUUCAGCCCGAGUUGAAGAGGCUAAAGUUGAGGAAAAACAACUGGAGUUCAGAGUCUUAUAGAUUUGAUGAACUAUUUACAGAAAGUGCUUCCCAAAAGCGCGUUUAUGAAGUGGUAGCAAAACCAGUAGUUGAGAGUGUGUUGAAUGGGUAUAAUGGGACAGUUAUGGCUUACGGUCAAACAGGUACUGGCAAGACUUAUACACUUGGAAGAUUGGGUAAAGAUGAUGUUUCUGAGCGUGGUAUUAUGGUUAGAGCUUUUGAGGACAUAAUGAUCAAUAUAUCUUCGGCAUCUGAUAGCGUAGAAGUCUCCUAUUUGCAGUUGUACAUGGAAUCUAUACAAGAUUUGCUCGUACCUGAAAAGAUUAACAUCCCAAUAGUUGAAGACCCAAAGACGGGGGAAGUGUCACUACCCGGCGCUUCAGUAGUUAAAAUUCAAGAUUUUGACCACUUUUUGCAAUUACUGCAAAUUGGAGAAGCAAACCGUCAUGCAGCAAAUACAAAGCUGAAUACAGAAUCUUCACGUAGUCAUGCAAUUCUUAUGGUUUAUGUUAGAAGAUCUGUCCAUGAGAAAGAAGAUGAUUUUCAUGUUCAAGAAAAGGACAACAUAAGUGUUUUACCCAGCGACCACGGUAUACCUACUGUUCGAAAAAGCAAGUUGCUGAUUGUUGAUCUUGCAGGAUCUGAGCGAAUAGACAAAUCUGGGAGCGAAGGUCACUUGGCUGAAGAGGCUAAAUUUAUCAAUCUUUCUCUUACCUCACUGGGUAAAUGUAUAAAUGCAUUGGCUGAAAAUAGUCCUCAUAUACCCACAAGAGAUUCUAAGUUGACAAGAUUGCUUCGCGAUUCAUUCGGAGGCUCUGCAAGAACCUCACUAGUAAUAACAAUUGGGCCAUCUUCUCGACAUCAUGCAGAAACCACAAGCACCAUAAUGUUUGGACAAAGGGCCAUGAAGGUAGUAAACAUGGUAAAGCUAAAAGAGGAAUUUGAUUAUGAAAGUUUAUGUCGGAAGCUUGAGGACCAAAUUGACCACCUCACUAUAGAGCUUGAUCGGCAACAAAAGUUGAGGGAAAAUGACAAAAAUAAAAUGGAAAGAAAGCUCAAAGAAUGUCAGACCUCCUUUGCUGAAACAGAAAAAAGUUUAUCUGACAGGUCUGAGUUUUUAGAGAAGGAAAAUACUCGUUUGGAAAUGGAUAUGAAAGAUAUGUUGAAGAGAUUGAAUAGUCAAAAAGAUUACAAUGAUUUAAUAUGCAAUAAAGUUGCAAGCCUGGAAAUGAGCUUGAAUCAUAGCAAGUUUCUAGAGAAGGAGAAUACUCGUUUACAAUUGGAGUUAAAAGAUGUGUUAGAGGAAUUGAAAUGUCAGAAAGAUCAUAAUGAUUUGAUCCGUGAUGAGGUUGCAUGCCUAGAAAUGAGUUUAAAGCAUGGCAAGGUAUUUGCAACAUAG